AGCUUCGUCACUGUUUUGGUCGGUAAGGGAAGUGACCGAAGAUAGAUAGUGUGAUAGUGUGGCAAGCCAAAGAUAACAAGAUAAACACUGUACGCUAGCAAAGGCUCCCCUUUCAUUAUUUAUUUGUGGCCAAACUACUCAGAUAGAUAGAGGAGUGAGUGAGUGAGUGAGUGAGUGACAGUCGAGUCGAGUCGAGUCGAGUCUGAUGGUGAAUAGGCUCAAACGGGGGGCUACGAGGGCCAAUCGGGGAGAAGAGAGGAAUCCCAGCGAUGUCAUCGAAAGCACAAAGACAAGAAGAAAUGUCUGUAUCGUCGUCGUAGGUUUAGCCUUGACGACGAUAGCCAUCUUUCGAAUGACCCGAAACCUCAAAAUUCUACCAUCAACUCUGGUGCAAGUCCCAAAAACGAGUCACUCGAGUCCGGAUGGUGGCGGCAGCAAUAGCAAUAAGAAGAUUCCCAUCAAGCUACCUGACUUUGGGCCCUACCAACCGGCCCCUGUGGAAACAUAUGUGUUGGAGCACGUCAAAGAACUGAAACUGGAUGUCCCCAUGCCUGAGUGGACACCAUCCUGUGACGUCUACACAGAUUCUCAAUCCACUCCCUAUCAUGCUCAACUGCAGGACUUUAUUGUAGAAUUGGAACACUACUCCAAACUGGUCAAGGAUUUUCAGAUUCCCAUCAAGGACCUGAGAAGGAACAUUACGGAGUUUGAUAAUGGGAUCUGUGAUUUGGUGCAGCUACAUCCGGGUGGGAUGCAGGCACUAUUCAGCAGGAGUCGACAACUACUGUCACUGUCCUCAUCCGGCUGGGUGGAGCCACUCUUGCCCCCAAUGCGCCACGCCCAGUACUGCUUUGACACAAGUCGCGAGAAUCUGAUGCGAAUUGACUACAUCCUUCAUGACUUUCAUGCACUUUGCCGGAAACUAAAGCCUCAUAGCCGAACUAUCCUGGUCGAUAUGGGGGCAUCACUCCGAUACUGGGGCAAAUCCCCAGUCCUGGACCUGAUCCAGCUGUAUUCAAAGUUUGGCUUUCAUUUUGAUCACAUUUAUGGAUAUGAGUAUGAAAAGCAUGACCCAGAUCAAGUGUUCAAUGAUGUGCCACAAAAUCUGGAUGCCUCCUAUCACUGGAUCAACGUGGGAGUUGUCUCCGACACACAGAGUCGUCGCAAUCCCUUCAAACUGUUGCAGGAAAACUACUCACCGGAUGAUUUGAUCAUUGUCAAGUUGGAUGUGGAUACACCGGCACUGGAGAGAGAGUUGGCACAACAAUUAUUGGACAAUCCAAAGCUGAGCAAAUUGAUUGAUCACUUUUAUUUUGAGCAUCACGUCAACCAAGAGGAGCUCAAGCGAUACUGGGGACGAAGUGCUGGUAUCAGUGAAAGUGUCGCAGAUUCCUUGAGAUUUUUUCAUGAAGUUCGGAAAAAGGGUAUCCCUGCUCAUUUUUGGGUCUAACAGUUAGUCGUCGAGAGCGGAUGGGUGCAAUCUUCUAAACGGACUCGGUGCCCGCGAAAUCUCCGGACAUCAGGUUGGUACCCGCGAAAUCUCCCACAUCGGACAUUGAGUUUGGCUCUAUUGAUACAGGCGCAGACAGGUCGUCCCGGAAAAGGGAGCUUCGACAGUGAGGAACCAUGGAAGCUUUUAUAAAAUUCAAACACUGAUACUGGCUAAGUGCAGAUAGUUCGAUCGUUUGCCGGACGAAGGGACUACAGGGCAAAGGAAUGACAGCAAGAUGCAUUCCUGAUUCAAUACGUCGUUUUGGCAUUUUAAAUGGAAACUCUGUGGGGGUACAGGACUCAAAAUGGGCUCCGCGAAGAUAAAUACAAAGUUUAGCCGAGCCGUAUCUAGUCAUCUCAGCUCUUCGAUUCUACCGGCACCGGUACUAUUAACGUGCAAUAGUACCGGUAGUCCUCGUACCGGUACGGUAGCGACUGAACACCUCCACAGAUCGAACCGACCGGCAGCAGAGACCCACUACACUAUACUGUCGUCCCUUGGUAUCAUUUCACGACAAACCCGCAGGAACAGGCCACACGAGUAGUAUCGUUCGGAAGCCCUUAAUCGCUCGAGAUUCAUUG